CGGGUGGAUAACGUGGUUAACUGAACAUUAGUUGAUACUUUGGACGUUCCAUAGUCCAGGCUCAUUCAUCGCAGUGGGCUGCUCUGUUCUUCAAAAUGGCGCCGGUAUCCGCAUGGAUCUUGGUUAUGGUGUGGCUUAGGAUAAUUGACAGUGUUCUUAGCCAAGGUCCCGUCUGUACUCCAACAACUGGCGCUACACCAGCACCAACUGACCCGCCAUUCCCCCAACUACCACAGACCUUCCAGACAAGGAUAGAGGCGACACUUGAAGACAAGAACUACACUGUGUCGGCCGAGGAAUACUACGACGGAAAUAACAACAAGGCCACUCUUACCAUGUACAAGGCUGGCGAACAGUUCAAACUUAUCUUUGAUUACACCAAUAACCAGCUCUUCUACGCCUAUCCUGACGGUUCCUGUAAGGUUGACAACUUGACCGCCGAUAGCAAUAACAUUCUAUUUGGAAACAACGAACAAGGUGGCAAAAUUCAUGUUUUCACUACAACCGGAGUACUUCAUUUCUUACAGGCAAAUCAGAUAUACAUGGGACGUAGUACGAUUCGAGGCAUACAGUGUGACCAUUGGAGGACCUGCACACAAUGGCCUGUCUUGAACGCCACCUUUUGGUUAGAUUACUAUUUUACAACUCAGCAGUGGGUAAACCCAGCCGGAUGGCCACAGAUACCUGUUAGAGCAGAGGUUACUGGAUCUAAGAAAAUGACUGAUGGAACCUAUGUACCAUUUCAUCACUUCUACGACUAUGCAAACUUCCGAGUAGAAAUUGACGCCACGAGUGACGUAUUUCUGACACCGCCUGGAGUGGUGUGUCCGGGGAGGAAGCAGACGAGGGCUGUUCCGAUUUUAAAAAAGGCAUACAUUUAUAGAGAGGAGAUUGUAGCCCCUAUAAACAAUGCUAUAACAGAGGCGGACGUUUGGUAUGAUGACAUGUACAAACUGGUACGUUACGACUUCCGUCCCCAACCUAAUACUCCUCCGUACUACAACACCGACGCGGCUUCCGAAAUCCACGAUUUUAACACCGGGAUUUCCUACAACAUGGACAAGACAAUGGGCAACUGUACAAUUACUCCUAUAACAAACACAUCCUUCGACGCCAGCAUUAACGUCACCACGUCGAUAAGUGGCAGGCCGUCAUUCAUCCUGCAGAUGAAGUCACCAGGGCAGUUAUUUUACUUGGACAAUUCAUACACAUUUGAAGGCCAGAGAUUCGCAAGGGAUAUGGUUUGUGACGUCUUCAUAUCUAAACGAAAUGACUUUAAGUUGGGAGGACUGACUUUGAAUGCUACAUUCCAGUUUUACUUCUUGGCAAAAACUUACAACGAAAAGAAUAACGACGGAAACAUAGACCAGACUGAUACAGACAUCCCAAUCCGUUUGGAUAUAUCCGUCGACGGGAUACCGUACAAUGCUAGAUAUAACAUUUACGACUUUUCACAAGAACAUCCUGAGCUCACCAAAUUUGACAUUCGUACCUGCUUUGACAUCGACGAUAAAACACCUUUCAAAAUAUCUUUCCCAGGAACCUUUGAUGAUAGGGUGCGCGCCUAUCGGGAGAUAUUCUUGUUCCAGUCGAUCACGUUGGUGUCAGAAGCGACCGGGGUAUCUCCUCUGAGGAUCCAAGGCGUUGACUUUCAGAUGGAAUACGACCAAGCCUUCUUUGUUGGAACACUGCUGGAGAAGGCCCCAUCUAUUACAAAGUUCAGAAAAAUCAAGGGGAAAGUUUUGCAGUACCACAACGACAAAACCAUAAGCUACGUGUCACAGGCCAGUGACUGUGCCGACUAUUGCGUCACAAGCAACUUCACGUGCAAUAGCUUCGACUACUGUGCGCAGUCGCAGGUUUGCACACUCAGCAGAAGUCACACAGAGGACGGAACUCUCGUUGCAAGCGGAGGAUCGUGUGAUCAUUACUCAAGAACGCUUGGAGCGGCUUUCCGUCCCGAACCGGAUCUGCAAACUGUAUGGCAAAAACUCAGAAACGCUGUGGUCCGGGGAUUGUUUGUACUCCAUAUACAAUUCGACACGGCAAAGGUGGCCUACAAAGCGUCAGAUAUAUCAUCUAGUGUUUCACUUGGAGGACAAAGGGAUCCAUCGUCAACUGGCACUCUGAAACACUUCAGGGCCAUGCAUAACAAGUACGUACCGAACUAUGACGAUGACAUCGAGACUGGCUUGUCUGUGGACGAUUGUGGCGCGGCUUGUGUUGCUGAAGAGGUUUUUAUCUGUAACUCGUUCGAAUACGAAUGGCAAACUGGACGCUGCUUCCUUUCUCACUUCCACCCAGACGACGACCCAAAGAAAAUUCAAAAUAAUAACGGCAUCGAUCUAUACAUUCGUGACUAUACAUCCAAGUUUAACAUCCAGAAAGGAACUACUGUUCUGUCCUCCUCUCCAGUAAUUUAUCAGGGUAUAUACGAUGUUAAUGAGUGCGCAAAAUUGUGCGUCGACUUCCACGAAUUCCCCUGCAAGUCCUUCGACUAUUGUGAUGAAAUAGGCACAUGCUUCCUUGGAAAGGUCCAUGUCCUUGAUGUGCCAAAGUCUGGGAUAAAAGUUUCCCCACAGUGUGAUCACUAUUCAAGACAGUACAUUGACGACUUUCAGCAUUAUCAGAGAAAGUUGAUGAAAAUGGUGGGCGACAGAGUCAUCACUGGGCUUUCUCUAUCGGAAUGUGCUAAAGCUUGUGUGGAUGAAGAGGCAUCAGGCUGUGCCACAUUCUCCUACUGUGGAAAUUACACGGAGUGCCGGCUUAGCGGAGUUUCUUUAAGUUCUGCUGGCCAGUCUACCAUUCAGGCCAGUGCUUAUUGUGAUAUAUACUCCAGAAAGUACUAUCCGAACGGAAAGGUCUACACGGCUCCAGUUAAGGCGCCUGCUCCGUCGGGAUAUAGCGGAGGCGCUAUGGCAGGUCUGGCAUUUGGUAUGAUUUUGCUGGGAGUCGUUCUGGCAGCAGUCGUGGUAGUGAUAUACCUAAAAACAUCCAACAAAACAAUGGACGAUAUGAAGAUCUCCUUUAAGAGAAUGGAUGAGAAUAACGAUUCCUAGUACCAAUGCUGGUCAUAGGUGCAUGAUUGUCUACACACCAGAUCUUCAUUUAAUGUUUUACUUUUGAGAAUAUAAACCAUGGCAACUUCGUCAGACAAAUUGCGAUAUUUCAGGACACUUUGUUAUUCCGGAUAAAAUUAACAUCCAAAAAUCAUUCCGGACGAACGUUUUACCUCAGAACGAUAUAUACUACAUAUACAUUCAGUAAUCCGUAUGUGUCUGGAUAAAAUGGUGCUUACUGUGAAUAUAUGGCAUGAAUGUAAGUUGUUUCAUUUUUGCGACACAUGAUCCCCCCCCCCCCCCCCCCCCAUUAUGUUUUAGUCAGAUUAUUUCAUACACACACUUGGCAUGUAAUCAGGAAAUAAUUCAUAAAAGAUAGAUAUCAUUUCUGUCACCAUUCAGUGUCACAUUAAUUGUAAAUCCGGAAAACAAUCUUGGUGGAUCCAGCAAUACAUGUUCUUACUGUUUCCCAAGCUGUAUUAGCCUAAGGACCACUUUAACAUCAUUUGGAACCAAGUUUAGUAAUAUAUACCUUGUAUAACAGUGUGUUGUAUGCAUGUAGGGGCAGAAAUCAAAGAUCGCGCAACUAGAAAAGGUUACAGAUAUCUAAAAUAUAUAUAGGAAGGUGAGUAUAUAUAUAUAUGUAUAAUGAGAAAAAAGUGUCUAUGUAGAGUUGUAUAAAAAAAAGAGAAAAAAAAUCACUUAACGACAACUUUCGAGCGCUUCCACGGCUAUUGCUGCACUUCAGUAAACUUUGUCGUUAAGUUUGUUUGUUUUUUAUCUUAGGGCACAUAAAAUGAAGCUGAUGUUACUUAUAGAAGGAGCUCCAAAACCUUUAUAAUAGAAGCGGGCCUGUUUUCUCGUUUUUGAAGUUAUUUGGGUAGUGAGGGAUUCAAUUCAAUAUAUACAUUGUAUAUAUAUAUAUAUACAUGUAUAAUAUAUUUAACAAUCCAAGUUGAAUAAACAGUCCUUGGUUGACGUUAUGUUAUAGUACAUUUGUAUCUGUAAAACAUCUAAUCUUCAUUACUUGUCGUUAUUUAUGCGAAAUCUUCAUUUCACGCAAAUUACAACUCCUGCAAUUUGCUUAAUAAAUACUAAAUUAAGUUCUAAGCAGAUGAAAUCUAAAGAAACAAAUCACUGCAAUGAAUCUUGUAAUUAUCGUUAAUAGUACCUAUCUAUUGCUAAAAUCGGGUUUGUCGAGAUUUUAAGAAAGCUAUACGUAUCAUGGCAUCAUAAUGCAGACAUCUCGCCACAAUAACUCAUCAAUAGUGUUUUAUGAGCUUGUUUAUAAAAUAAAGUACGUCAUAAGUAACAUAA